AUGCUGUUCACUGGCGGAACAACAACGAAACCAAAACGUGACGAGAAGAAAGAGAAGAAAUCUGAUCGAGAUGACAAGUAUGAAAUCCAGGAAAGCGUGUACUUGCGAUGGGGUAACUCAUUACUAGCAAACGAACCACUCAAGGAUUUUCGUGACCUAUGCGAUCUAAAAUAUCUGAACUCGAUCGCUUCAAUAUCUACCGGCACAUCCAUAGCCUUCAGCGGGAAUCGCCACGAUGAUUGUUGUGCGAUUUUGUCGUCCAUCGGUGAUACGAAGACAUCACCGGCCGAAAUGGCCGACAAUCAACAGAAGGCCGUGCUCUCCGUCUGGUGGAGUUUGGUGCAGGCGUUUUGGAAACGCUACGGCCCGGAUCCGAUCCGUGAAGAAAAAUUGAGCGAAGCGAUCAAGCAAUGGUGUCUGGAGGUGACAAAGGACUACGAGGCGGUCUCCGUCUGUGAUUUCACGUCCUCGUGGCGAGACGGCUACGCAUUCAACUGUCUUCUACACUCAUUCGAGUCCGUAUAA